AGAGUGAAGCAAAGGGCGCUGUGGCAGAAGUCCUGGGGAUAAAGCCCAAGGCAGCUAAAUACCAGGAAACUAUGCAAUAGAAACGACGUUGAAGUACCAUGUCCACGUAGUCUGGCACAUGUUUAAUGAACAUGGGUAAGAAGAGUGGGAGAAAAUUUUAGCAACUUUAGUUGAUAAACAGUGGACUGAUGGAUUGACGGCCCCUGAGAGAUUCUUCAAUUUAGCAAUAUCCUCCAAAAACUCGACAAACCAAGGACUGUUUUCUAAAACUAAAGAGGAAUCAGUUAAUCGGACUGAAAUGUUUUUGCAUUGCGCACAUCCAUCGGCCUGUCCAGAUGGUGAGACUUUGGCAGAAGUGGAAGAGGAUAAAAAGCAGUCUGUUAUUUGGGCAGAUAUCGACGAGGCUCAGUGCUAUAUACAACCCAAGACCUGUCCAGAUGGCGAGGCCUUGGUUGCUGAAGUGGAUAAACAGCAUCUAGUGCUUGGAGCAAAAAUGGUCGAAGGACCUGAAAACAUCAAUGAGGCAGCUUUAAAAACCAUUAACGAGUCCAUCAUGGGAUCUGUUGGUCCUGAGGAGGCAGAACAAACAAACCUGGACAAAGUCCCUAGCCUCAGUAAAGCUGUCAGGUUCCAGCUGCCUCCAGAGACAAUAAGGGCUUCUGAUGUCGAUGAAUUACAGGCCCCAUUUUUUGAGAUCGAUGGCCUUGGAGAAUGUUGUGUCAGCACUUUUAUGAAUACUUGCCACUCUGAGAGUUGGAUUGGCAUUACAGAUGACUGGCUGCUUCAGAAACAAAUACUGAAAGAAGGACAAGGGCAAGCUACCAAACCUGAUGUUGGUCAAGAGGUCACAAUAAAGCUGCUUGGAGUGCUGGAAGAUGAGACCAUUAUAGACAGGGAUCCAAAGCUUACUUUUGUUAUUGGUGAUGGUGACGUCAUUCAGGCUCUUGAAUUCUGUGCAUUUUCAAUGCAAUUGGAUGAAGUUGCUCUUGUAGUCUCUGAUGCACAGUAUGCCUACGGUCACACUGGGAGGAAGUUGUAA